GGCGGUGAUUCAUCGCUGGAUAAGGCGGUGGCUGUGUGUACGUUUCUGUAGCGCAGCUUUUAUAAACCGCUGUGCUUGGUGUGCCAGCAAAAUCGUGGCUAUCUGAAGUUUUAGAGUGUAUCUGAAGUGAUCUUUCCCCGGUAAUGAUGACCUGGCAGCCAGCCUGGUUUAAAUGGUUAAACUCUGUUUAAGCAUUUUUCCAAGAGAAAAGAGGAUAUUGCUUUGCUGAGAAGGGCCAUGUCAUAUGACUGCCUGUGUGGAUGUUAUGCAAUGAGAACUUAAAAGACAUGUAGGACCAGUUUGGAUUGGAAUUUUUCUUCUAGGGAACCAUUUAUCUAAAUUGCAUGUAGGCACUUGUGUUAGAUGACUUCAUGUGCAAGAUUCAUUCAAGGUUCAUCACUGACACUUCAGAGGAUUGUUUCUGCUUUUGUUUUUUUCUUAACUCAGUGUUCACAUCAGAAAAGGAUGCCAAUUUAUUCAUCGGAAGACAUCUUCUGAAUAACAGAUUUGAUUUUGAAGCAUUCACACCAGAUAACCUGGAAAGGGAGUGUUAUGAAGAGCUGUGCAAUUAUGAAGAAGCAAGAGAAAUUUUUGAAGACUCUGAUAAAACGAUGGAUUUUUGGAAAGAGUAUUCAAGUAAAGGCCCUAAAAUAAAAACAGAUGAUGAUACGCUACAAAAGAUUAAUGUUACAGGACUUCUCAUCGGUCUAGUUGCUGCUGGAGUAAUGUUGGUCGUAAUUGGACUGCUUAUUUUCUACUGCUGCAAAAGUAGAUGCAAAUCAAGGCAACCACCAGGGUACUUGGAUUACGUAAGAAACAGAAGACAUAAUUCAUCUAACAUCUUCAGAAGACAUGAAGAGUUUUCUCUAAAUCCACUUCCUCACAGAACUGACGAUUCAGGACUACCAACUUAUGAGCAAGCAGUUACUGCAGGUGGACAACCUGAUGUGCCACCACCCCCUUACCCAGGGCCCACAAAAGGGGAAAAAGUGCUUAAAAAGUCUAUGUCACUUCCAGCCCCUUAGUUACAAACCUCCUUCUGGAGUAGUGGAGAAUUACUGAAACAUAAUACACUUUUUUAAAGUGCGCUACCUUGCAUAUUGCAAGACAGUUUACAAAAAUGUGAAAGUUUUACAAAUCUUCAGCACAGCCAGGAGUGAGUGAAAAUCCCAUUUGGGAAAAGAGAUGAUCUGUUGCAAAGGUUAUUGUGCUAAGAAGAGAAUAUAUAAAGAGCAGGUCCUGUACUGCCUCCCUCUUCUUCCACAUGCACUUUGAGCCAUCCUAUCAUACUAUUGAUGUUUUAUUAAUAGUUUCAUUUUGUUUCUUUAGAAGGAACACCAUUUUAAUUAUUUUUAUUGACACUAACCAUUUUUUUCUGACUGUUAAUACUUUAAACCAUCAUGAUAAAUCUACUUGAUUAUUUGAUAUAUUCCCUUCAUUGCCAUGUGGAUUUUGUUUUCAUUCUAGUAAUAGAUUUGAAUAUGAAAAUUAUUUCAUGGGUUGAUCUUUCAACUGUGUGUGUAUUAUUGCUUCUGGAUUAUAUUGAUUUGUUUUAGCCAGCGUUGGAUAACAAACUACUCAAUUUGUGUAUUUUUGUCAUUAUUAUUUUGGAUGAAAAGAAACCAUAUUACUAUUUGCCCAUAUUAUCCAUUUAAAUUUUACCUUUUUCAAACAUUUGUUUGAUACACACUUCAACAUUGUAUUUAGUGCUGGACAAAUCCAGUGUGGUGGGUAUUUGCGGGGAGGUGAGUGUAGGUUUCUUUUAUUCAUUUUUUUUUUUAAGCAAAUAGCUAGAGAAUGUGCCUUGUUAAAACCACACUUGGUAUACUUUAUCUGGAAAUUACACAAGUUCCACAGAUGACCUUCCUCUUGCAGUUUAAAAGUUUAAAUGUGGAAAAAGCAGAUAUUUGGUUAGUGGAAUAAAAAGGCAAACUAGCCCACAGCAAUACUCUGCAUAAGCAUGUAUUGCCCUACCAGGAUAACAAAGUAAUACCUUUAAGUAGAAUGAGACAUGCUAUUAAAUAAAUAUUCAGUAUCCACAGAGCUACAGUUAAGAACUUCAGAGAGUUACUGGUUAACUUUAUCAACACAAUUUCUGGAUCUUCAAUUAUAGCCACCCUUAAUUUUAAGUCAUAUUGAAAUAACAGUUCCCAGUGUUGUAUGGCAUACAAAAACAUCACUGUUCCUUUACCGCCUCCUCACAUUGGAGGGUCUCACAGGCAACAUGCUGGGCUGGUGAUUUCUGCGUUAAGGUUGCUAUAGUUGGACACCUAGAACAGAGUUGUGGCUAAACGCACUUUUAAUGUAAAGGCUGAAUAUUAUAUGUAACAUUUUACUAAUUUUUUUUUUAACAUGCUAUAACCUCCAGUGCUAUUGAAAUAGAUAUAGAUGAUUGUGGUGAGGUUUUUAAUCUUUUAAUGCUUUUGUAGAGAUGAAAAUUCUCUAACCUUGGAAGAUAAGCAGGUAUAUUAGAAGUGUUACAUUUUGCAAGUCCUGCCCUUUGAAAAAUACAUAGAGCGCAGCUGACAUCAGUGGACACAGAACUGUUUUCUUAUUCCUAAAGCUUCACCAUCAGAUUUGGCUAAAUGACAAGUCAUUUAAACUGCUUUGCAAUUUCUUUCCUGUUGGCAGAUGGGGGAAUUCCCACCUGCAGCCUGGGACUCAGCCCUUCCAUUUUUGCCCUUCUUCUAAAAGUGUUUUGAAGUUCUUCAAGGUUGCUACACUGUAAGACUGAAAUGAGUUAAGUGCAUUGUGUGAGAUCACUUUUAUAACUGAAAUGCAGGGUUAUGAUGAAGCUAUGAGAUUAUAAGAUUGCCUUGGAGGUGGAACAGUUCUCCCCUAUUUCCUUUUCAUUUAGGUAACUCAAGUUUUCAAUGUGCUAAUCAGCAGCUCAAGCUACAGAGCUCACUUUCUCUCCAUUUUUCUUGGGACUGAAAAAUGACUAAUUUAAUGGGAAUGAUAGGAGAGCUUUCAAGGAAAUGGAUGUUAUAGGGUUUGUAAGAGUUCACAAUUUUUUAAAUGUUAUUACAAUGAUGUAUACAUUUGGAAAAAUCACAUUUUAAAUAAAAUAAAUGGUACAGAAUUUUUUUAAAUCA